AUGCAUCGCACAUAUUCCAUGCGCCAGACAAGGGCGCCUACUGCCUCUCAAUUGCAGAACCCACCGCCACCUCCGUCCUCGACCAAGUCCGGCCGUAUCUUCAAGGGCAGCCUGGGCCAUGCACUUCGUCGCAAUGCUGGUGGUGCCUUCGGGCCCGACCUCUCCAAGAAGCUGUCGCAGCUCGUCAAGAUGGAAAAGAAUGUGAUGCGAAGUAUGGAGCAGGUUGCAAAGGAGCGCAUGGAGGUAGCUCAACAAAUAUCUCUGUGGGGAGAAUCCGGCGACGAAGACGUUUCCGACGUUACCGACAAGUUGGGAGUGCUGCUAUAUGAGAUUGGUGAACUUGAAGACCAAUACGUUGACCGCUACGACCAAUACCGUGUUACCGUCAAAAGUAUCCGCAACAUUGAGGCUUCAGUCCAGCCUAGCCGUGACCGAAAGCAAAAGAUCACCGACCAAAUUGCCCAGCUGAAAUAUAAGGAACCCAAUUCUCCCAAGAUUGUCGUUUUAGAGCAGGAAUUGGUUCGCGCUGAAGCCGAAUCCCUCGUCGCUGAAGCCCAGCUGUCCAACAUUACCAGAGAAAAGAUCAAGGCAGCUUACACAUACCAAUUCGAUGCCCUCCGGGAGCAUUGCGAAAAGGUCGCCGUCAUUGCCGGGUAUGGAAAGCAUCUCCUCGAGCUCAUUGACGACACGCCGGUCACCCCAGGUGAGACUCGCGCAGCCUAUGACGGAUACGAAGCUAGUAAAGCUAUCAUUCAAGACUGCGAAGACGCUCUCACAAACUGGGUGACUGCCAACGCCGCCGUAUCUUCCAAGCUCUCUACCCGCUCCCGCACCCUGUCCCAGCGCAGGCGAUCCAAUAUCAACGCCCGAAAUGAGGGUCAUGAUUUGUCGGCUCAAGAUGCCCCUCUCAACGACGGCAGCUCAUGGGUUGCACGCAGUGCUGAUGUUGAAAGUGACGAGGAAGAUGAAGAUGAGGAGGAGGAUCACCGCCACUCCAUUCUUGGUAGCGACGGAGGUCUGAAUGGGGAGAGCCGUGGCCGUACUCAGGAGGCUAUCGUCGCCUAA